CUGCCCGGCGCCCUUCCCUCCCGAGUUCUGGCCUUGGCCUUGGCUCCUGAACUGGCGGGGGUGGGUCCCCUUCUACACUGCCCAGGGCCGGCCUGCACCAGCCGGCAUCCCCAGCGUGACUCUCAGAGGUCCUUUCCGGCGGUGACACCUGCGCCUCCUUCUGCACUUGAUCUUCCCACCCUCCUCUGCUGCCAUGAAGAUCGCAGUGAUUGGGCAGAGCCUAUUUGGCCAGGAAGUUUACUCCAACCUGAGGAAGGAGGGCCAUGAGGUCGUGGGUGUCUUCACUAUCCCAGACAAGGAUGGGAAGGCUGACCCCCUGGGCCUGGAGGCCGAGAAGGAUGGUGUGCCAGUGUUCAAGUUUCCCCGCUGGCGAGUGAAAGGACAGGCUCUGCCCGACGUGGUGGCGAAAUACCAGGCCUUGGGCGCCGAGCUCAACGUCCUGCCCUUCUGCAGCCAGUUCAUCCCCAUGGAGGUCAUCAGUGGGCCCUGCCACGGCUCCAUCAUCUACCAUCCAAGUCUGCUCCCCCGGCAUCGAGGGGCCUCAGCCAUCAACUGGACCCUCAUUCAUGGAGAUAAAAAAGGGGGGUUCACCAUUUUCUGGGCAGAUGAUGGCCUGGACACCGGGGACCUUCUGCUCCAGAAGGAGUGUGAGGUCCUCCCAGAUGACACCGUGAGCACUCUGUACAACCGCUUCCUCUUCCCUGAAGGUGUCAAAGGGAUGGUGCAGGCUGUGAGGCUGAUUGCUGAGGGCAAAGCCCCCAGACUUCCACAGCCUGAGGAAGGGGCCACCUAUGAGGGCAUUCAGAAGAAGGAAACUGCCAAGAUCAACUGGGCGCAGCCAGCAGAGGCCAUUCACAACUGGAUCCGCGGGAACGACAAGGUGCCGGGUGCCUGGACAGAGGCUGGAGGGCAGAAGCUGACGUUUUUCAACUCGACACUGAACACCGCAGGUGUGGUGCCCCAGGGAGAAGCUUUGCCCAUCCCGGGAGCCCAUCGGCCAGGGGUGGUCACCAAAGCCGGACUCGUGCUCUUCGGGAAUGAUGACAGAAUGCUGCUGGUGAAGAACAUCCAGCUGGAGGAUGGCAAGAUGAUCCCGGCCUCAAACUUGUUCAAGGCAGCAGACAGCAGUGCCCUGGAGCUGACAGAGGCAGAACAGGUCACCGCAGAGGCCGUGCGGAGCGCCUGGAAACGCAUUCUCCCCAAUGUCCCGGAAGUGGAGGACUCCACCGAUUUCUUCAAGUCGGGGGCUGCGUCAGUGGACGUGGUGAGAUUGGUAGAGGAAGUGAAGGAGUUAUGUGACGGGCUGGAAUUAGAAAAUGAAGACGUUUACAUGGCAACCACCUUUGGGGACUUCAUCCAACUGGUAGUGAGAAAGCUCCGCGGGGAUGAUGAUGAGAGCGAGUGUGUCAUUGACUACGUGGAAAAGACAGCGAACAAGAUGACCCUCCGAAUGCCCCACCAGCUCUUCAUCGGGGGCCAGUUUGUGGAUGCCGAGGGUGCUAAGACCUAUGAAACCAUCAACCCCACAGAUGGAAGCGUCAUCUGCCAGGUCUCCCUGGCCCAGGUCAGUGAUGUGGACAAGGCAGUGGCUGCAGCAAAGGAUGCCUUUGAGAAUGGACUGUGGGGGAAGAUCAGUGCUCGGGACCGUGGGCGGCUCCUAUACAGGUUGGCAGACCUCAUGGAGCAGCACCAGGAAGAGCUGGCCACCAUCGAGGCUGUGGAUGCAGGCGCCGUCUACACACUGGCCCUGAAGACCCACGUGGGCAUGUCCAUCCAGACCUUCCGCUACUUUGCCGGCUGGUGCGACAAGAUCCAGGGCUCCACCAUCCCCAUCAACCAGGCCAGACCCAACCGCAACCUGACCUUGACCAGGAAGGAGCCUAUUGGGGUCUGUGGCAUAGUCAUCCCCUGGAACUACCCCCUGAUGAUGCUUUCCUGGAAGACGGCCGCGUGCCUGGCCGCAGGGAACACAGUGGUGAUCAAGCCGGCCCAGGUGACCCCACUCACAGCCUUGAAGUUUGCAGAGCUGACCUUGAAGGCUGGCAUUCCCAAGGGUGUGGUCAACAUCCUCCCGGGAUCUGGCUCCCUGGUCGGCCAGAGACUCUCAGACCACCCUGAUGUACGGAAAAUUGGAUUCACAGGCUCCACAGGGGUGGGAAAACACAUCAUGAAAAGCUGCGCCCUGAGCAACGUGAAGAAGGUCUCCCUGGAGCUGGGCGGAAAGUCGCCGCUCAUCAUCUUCGCGGACUGCGACCUUGGCAAGGCUGUGCAGAUGGGGAUGAGCUCUGUGUUCUUCAACAAAGGAGAGAACUGCAUUGCAGCGGGCCGGCUCUUCCUGGAGGACUCCAUUCAUGACCAGUUUGUGCAGAGGGUGGUCGAAGAGGUGAAGAAGAUGAAGAUUGGCAACCCCCUGGAUCGGGACACCAACCACGGGCCACAGAACCACCAGGCCCACCUGCAGAAGCUGCUGCAGUACUGCCAACAGGGCGUGAAGGAGGGGGCCACACUGGUCUGUGGUGGGAAGCAAGUCCCUCGGCCAGGUUUCUUCUUCGAGCCAACCAUUUUCACAGACGUGGAGGACCACAUGUUCAUAGCCAAGGAGGAGUCCUUCGGGCCUGUCAUGAUCAUCUCUCGGUUUGCUGAUGGUGACGUGGACUCAGUGCUGUCUCGAGCCAAUGCUACGGAAUUUGGCCUGGCCUCUGGCGUCUUCACCAGGGAUAUCAACAAGGCCCUGUACGUCAGUGACAAGCUGGAAGCAGGCACUGUGUUCAUCAACACGUACAACAAGACCGACGUAGCUGCCCCCUUUGGAGGGUUCAAGCAGUCUGGAUUCGGCAAAGACCUGGGAGAGGCUGCCCUGAAUGAGUACCUGCGAGUCAAGACAGUUACUUUUGAGUACUGAAGAGAGGCCUGAGAGGAAGCCUUAUCUCCACCACGUGUCCUCUCCUUGCUCCACCUGACCAUCCUCUCCGCGGGCCAGUGGAGCUGGGCACCUCGUCCUGCCCCAUCCAGUUAAAGCCGCCCUUGUCUGGGGGAGAAUAAAGGGCGAAUAAAGGUUCUGACCAGCAGCAUCUGACACCCCUUGUCUGUUUCUCCCA